AUGGACAGACCUGACGGAAGGACUCCCAAUCAACUGAGGCCUCUAGCUUGCUCACAUUCCGUCCUCCACCGAGCCCACGGCUCGGCCACGUGGUCUCAAGGAGAAACCAAACUCCUUGCCGCAGUUUACGGACCUAAAGCAGGAGCCAAGAAGAACGAAAAUCCCGAAAAAGCUUCCAUUGAAGUUAUUUGGAAGCCUAGUACAGGCCAUGUUGGUCAAGCAGAAAGGGAGUAUGAAAUGAUAUUGAAGAAAACCUUGGAAAGCAUCUGCAUUCGUACCAUAUAUCCUAACACCACCACUUCUGUUAUCAUCCAGGUUGUCCAUGAUGAUGGUGCUCUUCUUCCAUGUGCAAUAAACGCAGCAUGUGCUGCACUCGUUGAUGCCGGAAUACCCCUAAAACAUCUCGCUGUUGCAAUAUGUUGUUCUGUAACAGAUGAUAAUUGUGUUAUAUUGGACCCUUCUAAACAAGAAGAGAAGAAAGCGAAAGCAUUUGCCUAUUUAGUUUUUCCAAACACAACUGUUUCUGUCGUACCAGAGAAGUUAUUGCAGGGCAGUGAUCCCACGGCACACGGAAUCAUCACAUCUGUUACACAUGGUGCUAUGUCAGUGGAUAAUUAUCUUCAUUGCCUAGAACGAGGGCGUGCCACAACUCAACGAUUGUCUGAAUUUUUGAGGAAGAACAUAGAACCAAAAUCUAUCCGCGAGGCAUCCAAAGCCGGAUGA